AUGGCUUCCGUUAUCGCAGGGGGCCUACACAAAGCCCAAGAAGUGCUGCAGAACACCACCUCAACUAAUAAGAAGAUGGUAGAUUUGGAGCGUGACACUGCCAAUGUUCAUACAAAACAGCCCUUGACAACUGAUCAUGGCACUCGAGUCAACAAUACCGAUCAAUGGCUUCGGGUAGCCAGUGAUCAGCGUACAGGGCCAUCGUUACUUGAGGACCCCAUCGCAAGAGAAAAAAUCCACCGCUUCGACCACGAGCGUAUCCCUGAACGGGUGGUGCAUGCGCGUGGUACCGGUGCCUUUGGGAACUUUCGACUACUCCAAAGCGCUGAAGAUGUAACGCAUGCUGGCAUCUUGACCGAUACAUCUAGAAACACGCCGGUUUUCGUUCGCUUCUCCACAGUCCAAGGAAGUAGAGGGAGUGCAGAUACGGUUCGUGAUAUUCGGGGAUUCGCGACCAAGUUCUAUACGGAUGAGGGGAUUUGGGACUUGGUUGGGAACAACCUUCCUGUAUUUUUUAUCCAGGAUGCGGUUAAGUUCCCAGAUUUUGUCCAUGCCGUGAAGCCAGAACCACACAACGAAAUACCACAGGCUCAAACAGCCCACAACAACUUCUGGGACUUUGUGUAUCUUCAUCCGGAAGCGACGCACAUGUUCAUGUGGGCUAUUUCUGACCGAGCCAUCCCACGGUCAUACCGCAUGAUGCAAGGAUUCGGAGUCAACACUUUUGUGCUCGUCAACAAGCAAGGCCAACGACACUUUGUCAAGUUCCAUUGGAUCCCUCAUCUGGGCGUGCACUCCCUAGCCUGGGACGAGUCGCUGAAACUCGCAGGACAGGAUCCAGACUUUCACCGGAAAGAACUAAUGGAGGCGAUUGACAACAAGAUGUUUCCCAAAUGGGACUUUGCAAUCCAAAUCAUCCCCGAGGAGAAACAAGAUGAUUUCGAAUUCGAUAUUCUCGAUGCCACAAAAAUCUGGCCAGAAGAUCUAGUCCCGCUUCGCAUCAUUGGUGAGCUGGAAUUGAAUCGGAAUGUCGACGAGUUCUUCCCUCAAACUGAACAAAUCGCCUUCUGCACCAGCCAUAUCGUCCCUGGUAUCGAAUUCUCAGACGACCCCCUCCUCCAGGGCCGAAACUUUUCCUACUUCGACACCCAAAUCACCAGACUAGGUGUCAAUUGGGAAGAACUCCCCAUCAACCGCCCCGUAUGCCCUGCCAUGAACCACAACAGGGACGGCCAGAUGCGUCACCGCAUCACUCAGGGGACAGUCAACUACUGGCCAAACCGAUUCGACGCAAACCCACCGGCAACCCAGUCUGAAGGCGGCUUCACCACCCAUCCAGAAAAAGUCAUCGGAUUCAAGAAACGAACCCUAAGUACCAAAUUCAGCGAACACCACAGCCAGGCUCAGCUUUUCUACAACUCCUUGUCCGCACAUGAAAAGCUCCACGCCAAAAACGCCCUCUCCUUCGAACUAGACCACUGCGAUGACCCCAUUGUCUACCACCGUCUCGCCAGCCACCGUCUAGCAGAAAUAGACCUCUCCCUCGCACAGCACGUCGCAGAAAGAGUCGGCGCCCCAGUCCCUUCAUCCCCGCUUAAAGAAAACCACGGCCGGAAAGCACCCCACCUCUCACAGGUCGAUUUCAUGCCCCUCAAUCAAACAAUCGUGAGCAGGCGCGUGGCUAUCAUCAUCGGGGACGGUUACGACCCCGCCGCAUUCUGGGGUAUGAAAACCGCCAUCAAGACCGCCGGCGCCUUGCCCUUUGUCAUUGGCAUGAAGCGCUCGCCGCUCUACGCGGACGGUGAAUCACCCACGACCUCCAAGGGCGUCAUCCCAGACCACCAAUUCGACGGCCAACGCUCAACCAUGUUCGACACAACCUUCAUCCCCGGCGGCUCGCACAUACCCGCUCUCCAGCGCAAUGGCCAAAUCCGCCACUGGAUCGCAGAAACAUUCGGGCAUCUCAAAGCCCUAGGCGCCACAGGCGAAGCCGCAGACUUGGUCAGACACACGUUGGUCAACAGUAGUGGUGGCUCGCUUGAUGUGAAAGCUGCGAGUCCCGAGCAUCCUGAGCCUAUAGAGUGGUAUGGCGUUGUCACUGUGGGAGGGAGACAGACAAGGGGGAGCUUCGGGGAGAGCUUUAAGAUUGUUCGUGAGGCGACGGAUUUUGUGGGUAGGUUCUUUUAUCAGAUUGCGCAGCAUCGGAAUUAUGAUCGGGAGUUGGAGGGGUUGAGUUUGGAGGUUGCUUUUUAA